AUAAACCAACUCCCCAAAAGUGACAUUUCAUUAAGCAUUCGCAACUACCACAAGUUUCAAACUUCAACCACGAACCUUGUUGGAUUGUUCAAGAGUGCAAAGAAGAAGAAGAAGAAGGGGAGGGAGGGAGGGAGAGAGAGAGAGAUAAGGAAAUUUUGUUUGACAUCUUGAACAACUACUCCUGGCAAGUUUAUUGACAAGUUCUUGCUCAAGCAAUGGCGCUUGUAGAGUAGAAUUGCAUCACUGCAUCGAGCGGAAGAAGACAUGGCUAGGAUCAGAGAGGUGAUGGGCGGGGGAGAGAUGUCUGGAGGCGAUGGCGCGGUGGCGGCAGCGGUGGAGAAGGCGGUGAGGUGCCUCGGCAGGGGGAUCGACAUGGCGGGCGACCUGAGGCUGAAGCACUGCAAGGAUGCUGGGGGCUGCCUGGUCCUGAGGAGCGGCGAGAAGAAGGCGGCAGCGGCAGCGGCGGCGAAGGUCGUCGUGCCGGGAUUCGGGGUCGUCGCCGAUGUGCCCGCCGACGUCAAGUGCGGCAAGGGCGACCGGAUCAGGUUCAAGUCCGACGUGCUCGAGUUUAACAAGAUGUCUGAGGUGUUCAACCACCGGAAUUCGCUGACGGGGAAGAUCCCGUCGGGGCUCUUCAACUCGUGCUUCGGCCUCGAGUGCAGCUCAUGGGCAGAGGACGCCUCCGCCACCAAGUGCCUGGCGUUCGACGGCUACUUCAUCUCCCUCCUCGACCUCCGGCUCGACUGCCGGCCACUCGCCCUCGCCGACCACGUCGUCCGUGACGUGCCGGCGGCGUGGGACCCGUCAGCCAUUGCAAGUUUCAUCGAGAAGUAUGGGACCCAUAUCGUUGUUGGACUGAGCUUGGGUGGCCAGGAUGUGGUGUAUGUGAAGCAGGACAACUCGUCUCCACUGUCUCCAUCUGAGAUCAAGGAGCACUUGGACAGGCUAGGCGACCAGCUCUUCACCGGGACAUGCACUCUGCCCCCUUCAAACCGCAAAUCCAGGGACCACAAAUUUAAGGUCCCCGAGGCCUUCAAUGUAUUUGAUGCCCAAGUGACACGGCAAAAGCUUGAAGGAAUGAUUGCUCCAGUAUCCUGCAAAGAGGGUGUGACAGUGAUACACUCCAAGAGGGGAGGGAAUGCAGCAGCGAGCGACCACUCAGAGUGGCUGCUCACUGUGAUGGCAAUGCCGGAAGCAAUCAACUUCAAGCUUGUGCCCAUCACAUCCCUUCUCAAGGGAGUAACUGGUGUGGGCUUCCUGUCUCAUGCCAUAAACCUGUACCUCAGAUACAAACCUCCAAAGGAAGAACUGAGGUACUUCCUGGACUUCCAGCACCACAGAUUGUGGGCCCCAGUAAACAGUGACCUACCACUUGGUCCCUGCUCGAACCGACAAGGUGCUAGCCCGGCAUUGCACUUCCGCCUUGUAGGUUCAAAGCUAUAUGUCAGCUCAAGCGAGGUGAUUGUUCCAAGAUUACCGGUCACCGGGAUGAGAUUGCAUCUGGAGGGCAAGAAAAACAACCGGUUAGGCAUCCACCUGCAACAUCUGUCGAACACCCCAACGUUCAUCAAGGAGAGAUCAGCCAAGCAGCCGAUAUGGCGCGGAUCAGAGAUGAUCUCCGACGAGCGGUACUACGAGCCGGUCCAGUGGAGAAUGUUUGCCCAUGUCUGCACGGUGCCGGUGAAGUACGAUCCUCGCUGGGGCAGCACAGCCGGCUCACCAUCGGCGUACAUCGUCUCCGGCGCUCAGCUCCACGUCAAGGCUCAUGACUCGACCAACAUACUCCACCUCAGGCUUUUGUACACCGAGCUGCUGGGGUACAAGGUGGUGCAGUCCAAAUGGGCGCACAACACGGUGAGGCUGUCGGGGAAAGGGAGCUUCCUGUCCAUGUCAUUGGUGGCAUCUUCGGGUGCCGUUGAGGAGGAGCGGCAGCCGGCGAGGGUUCACAUCGACUCCGGCGUGUUCGCCGGCGGGCCACCCGUGCCCGUUGGGACCCAGAGGCUGCUCAAGUUUGUCGAGACGUCUCAGGUGACCAUGGGGCCACAGGACAGUCCUGGGUACUGGCUGGUCACCGGCGCGAAGCUGGAUGUUGAGAAAGGGAAGAUCUCCCUGCACGUCAAGUUCUCCCUGCUUGCUCCAGUUCCCUGACAAGGAUUAGAAGAACUGUACAGUACUCUGCUGCUAGGAGAAAGCCUCUGUAAAAUCCAACUUCCUAACUCGCCAUCCACAUUCCCAUUUUUGUGCAUAUCUGCAAAAUGCCAAAAUUAGGAGAUUCUUUGUGCAGUAAUGGUAAUAUGCAAAGUGAUAGAAUUACCUAAAUAGUCCAGCUUUAUGGCCUGUUACCUACUCUAGGCUCGUAUUUUUUAUUAUUUGUGUUGCAUAUUCUCCAACUUAAUAGAUGUAUAGCCAUCAUCCAUGCUAA